AUGGAUGCUAAUACUGAAUCAGUUAUUGACUCAACCAAGAUGGCCACCACGUUUACUUCUGAUACCACUGCCACAUCCCAGAUGGCCGAUGCCACAUCCAAGAUGGCCUCAGGAUUUAAAACGAUGACAUAUAAGCCUACAAUGCCACUUGAAAUGGCAGAAGAUUUACCACCAUCUGCAGCUAUGCUUAUACAACUCAUUCAGAAUUUAAGAGUGGACUUAAAAAAUGUUUUUAAGAAGGAUUUUGAUGCUAUGUACGGAGCCAUGGAAGUUAUUGGCCAACGCACGGAGGACAUAGAACAAAGACUGCAUGUUCAGGAGACACCCCACUUUGAUUUGGUUAACACAGUGAAAGAUCUUCAGAAACAAGUUAACCAACAAGCCGAAAAAAUGGCGGAUGCUGAAGACAGAAGUAGGCGCAAUAACUUGAGGAUCAGGGGGAUCCUCAACCACAUGCGCUAUCUCUCUCAACUCCAAAGCAUGCACACAAGAGGAGCAAAGGAGAUGACACUUGAGAAACAGACCACUUUUAUUUCAUUUCUUUACAACUCAAGUUUUGACGCUGUCGACUUUGGAUUACCACUAAGUUACAAACUGCAAGAUUUUCUGCUUCAGAUUUUUGCUAGAAUUGAUUUGGCAUUUGUUGUUUCUUUUUCCUUUUAUUAUUCGCACCUUACAUUGAACUUUAAAAUGUCCACUGUCUGUAAGGCAUUUUGCUGA